UGUUUACAAUAAAAAUAUUGCGGUUUUACUAUCAACUUAGUUUCUUUAUCCAAAAAAGAAUAAAACUACCAAGAAAUUAAGAUGUUGAAAGCUGUCAUAUUAGUUGGAGGAGAUAACAAAGGGACUCGCUUUCGGCCUUUGUCACUAGAUAUCCCGAAACCCUUAUUUCCAAUUGCUGGCUUACCCAUCAUUGAACAUCAUAUUCAUGCCUGUAGUGCCAUGUCAAACCUUGAAGAAAUUUUAAUCAUCGGAUCAUAUCACAUCAAUGAAAUGAUAACUUUCCUCAAUGAAGUGAAAACUAAAUAUCAUGUCACAAUUCGCUACCUUCAAGAGUUUGUUGAGCUUGGAACAGCUGGAGGUAUAUAUCAUUUCCGAGAUCAGAUCAGAGCUGGUAACCCGGAAUGUUUCUUUGUACUAAAUGGAGAUGUUUGUGCUGAUUUUCCAUUACAACAACUUUAUGACUUUCAUAUCACUAAAAAAGAUGCUUUAAUUUCUAUUCUGAGUACCGAAGCAGACCGUGUUGAGUCUGUAAAUUACGGAUGCAUUGUGACAGAUAAAGGCACUGGUGAAGUGACUCAUUAUGUUGAAAAACCAAGUUCAUACGUGUCACCGCUUAUCAAUUGUGGAGUUUAUCUUGCGAAUAUUGAAAUCUUCCCUCAAAUUGCAACAGUUUUUUAUUCAAGACCGAAAAACGAAAAUUUUUCAGGAAAUGGUAGCGGAAAUGGGAAAGACCAGGGACAUAUUCAAUUGGAACAAGAAGUUUUAACACCAUUGGCUGGUUCAGGAAAAUUAUAUACGUUGACAUUGAAUAUGAAGUGGGCUCAAGUUAAGAAUGCUGCCUCGGCAAUUUACGCAAAUCGUCAAGCUCUUGAACUUCGUCGCAAAAGUCAUCCGGAAAAGUUUUCUGAUCAGUUUAAUUGCACAAUCAUUGGAAAUGUUUUCAUUCAUCCAACAGCCCAAAUAUCCGAGACAGCUGUUUUGGGCCCAAAUGUUAGUAUAGGAAAAGGUGUCAUAAUCGCUGCGGGUGUUCGUAUUCGUGAAUCUAUAAUACUUGAUGAUACAUUUAUUGAUGAACAUACGCUCAUCAUUCAUUCCAUCAUUGGAAGAAAGACUAAAGUUGGAAAAUGGUCACGCAUUGAAGGCACAGCUGUUGAUCCAGAUCCAAACAAACCUUUCGCAAAGAUUAAAAAUCUGCCAUUAUUCAACACAGAAGGUAAAAUGAAUCCUUCCACUACUAUUCUUGGACAUAAUUCAUCAGUGGCUUCAGAAAUCAUUCUUUUGAAUUCUAUUGUGUUGCCAAGCAAAGAGCUCGGUAGAAGUUUUAAAAAUGAAAUUAUUUUGUAAGCUUUACAGCAAUAUUAAUUUUAUAAAACCUGAAAACUCCAAAGUUUAGAAGUCUAAUAAAGCU